AUGCUUGUCGAAGACGAAGCGGGCGAUCGUGCCUCUUUCGAGGACGCGUAUUUUGCAUUAUCGGCAAAAAUCCGAGAAUUGUUAUUCGCGCCAACUCAUUCGAAUCGAGGCGUCGUCAAUCCAUCACCUUCGAAUGUAUCAGACACACGAGAGUCCGCGAUGCACGUGAGGUUACCUAAGCUCAAUCUUCCGACUUUUAGCGGCAAGUACGACGAAUGGUUCCCUUUCUAUGACGCAUUCAAUUCUAGUAUACAUUCGAACAUAUCAAUCAGUAAUGUCCAGAGACUCCAGUACUUGCGAACUUCCCUGUCAGGCGAAGCGGCUGACGUCAUAAGCUCGUUGGAGAUUUCCGAUCUCAAUUAUGAAGUAGCAUGGAAAUUGUUGCGAGAUCGGUACGACAACAAACGAGUAAUCGUGCAUACGCACAUCAAAGCAAUCAUGGAGCUUCCAUGUUCGGUCAAGGAAAAUUCGAGCGAGCUGAGACAAAUCGCGGACGGCGCGUCCAAGCACAUACGCGCUCUUCAAGCUUUGAAACGUCCGACAUCUCAUUGGGAUGACCUGCUCGUGCACAUCCUAAGCGCUAAACUCGACGCGGUCACUUUGCGAGAGUGGCAAACAUCGUUGACCGGUACAGAUCUUCCCAAUUUACAGCAAUUUCUCGACUUCGUGAAUCAUCGCUGCCAAGUUCUCGAAGCCACAAGUAAAUCCGCUAACGCGUCAAGUAAGCCUAAUAACGCGAAAUUAGCAUCACAAGUAAAACGUCAGACUGCAUGCGCAGCAACACUUAAUUUCAAAUGCAGUUUUUGCCAGGGUAGUCAUUCUAUCUACAAAUGUAAAGAUUUUCUAGCACUCUCAGUGUCCAGUAGAAAUUCCGAAAUUCGCAAGCGCAAGAUUUGCAUCAAUUGCUUGCGUUCCACCGAGCAUAAAGCUAGCCAAUGCCCAUCAGGCACUUGCAGAACAUGCAAAGGUAAGCACAAUACGCUUUUGCACGCGACGAGUGUGCAGGAGCACGAGCAAGAAAAACGCCAAGAGGAGGCAUCAGCAUUGUCUCCAACGGCUCUAGUUAUGCAUGCGCAUAAUUCUCCGGAAGAUCAAUGCGUCGUGCUCUCCACAGCUGUCAUCCACGUUCAUGAUGGCGGGGGGAGGCGCAUCGCUUGCCGAGCCUUACUCGAUUGCGGCUCGCAGGCUAAUUUCAUUUCUAAGAAGUGUUUGCUUGAACUCGGCUUAAAACCACAGUCAACUAGUAUAUCUAUUUCAGGUAUAAACGUGACAACCAGUGCAUCUACUCAGAUCGUCCGCCUGAAAUUCCAAUCUCGCUUGAAUUCUUACUCGGCUAUCAUUGAUUGUAUAGUGACGGAGCAAAUAACGGACAGACUUCCUGCUCUUACUAUCGAUCGGAAUAAGAUCAACAUUCCCGGCAAUCUAAAAUUGGCAGACCCGCAUUUCUUCAAAUCGUCAACUGUCGACAUCCUACUAGGCGCUGACAUUUUUUGGGAACUAUUAUGCGUGGGACAGCACGAUCAGCUGAGUCGGUUCUGGCAACAAGAAAAUUCGUACAACGAUGUCAGUAACCACACUCUAGUCGAAGCUCACUGUGAGCAACAUUUCUUGGAUAACGUUUCUCGUGAUCAAACCGGUAGAUUUAUAGUAAAACUCCCACUGAAGGAGCAGCUGAUCGCUAAGAUCGGCGAUUCAAGGGAUACCGCGUUAAAACGUUUGCAAGGCAUGGAAAGGCGUUUCCAACGCGCUCCCAAUCUCAAAGCACAGUACGUAGAGUUCAUGAAUGAAUACGCAUCUCUAGGGCACAUGAAAGUCGCGAACAUUGAAUCAGACGAGGAUUCAACAUCGUUCUACUUACCACACCACUGUGUGUUUAAGACUGCAGACAAGAAUUCGAAAAUUCGCGUGGUCUUCGACGCGUCGUGCAAGAGCAGCACAGGCGUCUCGCUCAACGACGCUCUCACAGUAGGGCCUGUCGUACAGCAGGAUUUAAUGUCAAUCCUGUUACGUUUUCGUACGCAUCGAUACGCCAUUUCGGCUGAUAUAAUCAAGAUGUACAGACAAAUUCUGGUAGACCCGUCGCAAACAAGAUUGCAAAAAAUUCUAUGGCGAACCGACGUCCAGUCUGAUGUCACGACAUACGAAUUAACGACGGUCACGUAUGGUACGUUUUCGGCGUUAUAUCUCGCAACGAGAUGCCUCAAAUAUCUAGCGGAACAGUAUGUAUCAGAAUUUCCAGUAGGGUCGAAAUGCGUGGAACGUGAUUUUUACGUCGACGAUCUGCUCACAGGAGCGGAUACGAUCACGGAUGCAGAAUCAGUAAUACGAGAAACUACUCAGUUACUCCAGUUAGGCUCGUUCAAGCUCAGUAAAUGGGCAUCAAAUUGCUCGCAGCUUUUGCCGGGCGCGGAGGAUCAUUCUAGAAACUUAGUGCCUAUCGGUGAUAGUGCUCUCUCACGCGUCCUCGGGAUCCACUGGGAUCAAAACAAUGACGAAUUAUGUUUCUUUCAUGAGGACAAUGUAGACUAUUCCUCCAUAUCGAAACGUGUAAUACUUUCAGGAACCGCCAGGUUAUAUGACUCACUAGGACUGCUCGGACCUGUUAUUGUCGUCGCGAAAAUUAUCAUGCAGGAAUUAUGGCAGGCAGGUCAUCAGUGGGACGAAUCAGUCUCUCAGGACAUACAGUCACGUUGGAUGAAACUUCGAUCGCAACUAGUGGAGCUGAAUGAACUACGAGUUCCACGCUGCGUUAAGUUCACAGCGGAUCCACGACUUGUCCAGGUACAUUGGUUCUGCGACGCCAGCCAACGAGCGUAUGGCGCAUGCAUAUACCUGCGAACUGAAACCACCAAUGGCUAUCGCGUGGAGUUACUUUGCUCUCGAUCGCGCGUGGCACCGCUCAGGGCCAUUUCGUUACAUAGGUUAGAAUUAUCCGCAGCAUUACUGCUAUCGCAGCUUUUAGAAAAGGUGAGAAGCUCUUUCGACUUGUCGCACAUGAACAUCUUUCUGUGGUCAGACUCUACAAUAGCUCUCAACUGGCUAUCCUCGCCUUCUCGAAAAUGGACGGCUUUCGUGGCUAACCGGGUCGGCGAAAUUCAACGCCUCACGAAAAUAGUAAGUUGGAGACACAUUCAGUCUUCUGACAACCCCGUUGACGCAUUAUCGCGUGGGCUCACCCCUCAAGAAUUAACGAAUUCUUCCCUGUGGUGGCAAGGCCCAGAAUUCUUACGGUCACACCAGGAUGACUGGCCAAGCGGCAAAUUUACUCAGUCUGAAAGUGGCAUGCCGGAGAUGCAGAAAAUCACGGUAGCUGCCGUUUCUCUCGAACGAUCGGUGGUGGACGAAUUAGUCAGUAAAUUCUCAAGUCUCACUAGGAUAUGUCGAGUUCCAGCCUACUGUCUUAGGUUUCGCAAGGCACAUCGGCCAAGUCCACCAACCACUCUCCUUUCUCACAACGAAAUAGCUUACGCUCUCAACGUCGCAUGCAAGGCUAUACAAAGGGCAUCCUUCCCUAACGAAUACGGAGCAUUGAGUAAGGGGAAGUCUAUCAGUGCAUCUAGCAAAAUACUUUCAUUAUCUCCUUACAUGGACGACACAGGAUUAAUUCGCGUAGGGGGCAGAUUAAAGAAUUCCAGAUUACAAUUCGAUGCUCAGCACCCCAUUUUGUUACCCCGUGAACAUGAACUAACAAAGCGGGUAAUAAACUACGAACAUGUAACUUGCACGCUGGAACGCAGGCAACCAUGGCUGCUGUAA